UACCAUUGCGGAUGUGUUGAAAUUGUGUGAGGAAGUAAGGUGUUACGUUAUUAUUUUUCGACUUGUUGGUUUAUAAUGGCUCCAAGUAUCGGUGUGAAUCUGCGAGUUACGGGGCAUUGUAGUCAGGGGGGUAGGAAAUAUAUGGAGGACAUGUUUUCCGUUGCGUAUCAACAGACAGAAGAUGAGAAAGAUCUUGAAUAUGCUUUCUUCGGAAUUUUCGACGGCCAUGGCGGGCGAGAAGCUGCAACGUUUGCAAAAGAACAUCUUAUGGAUUACAUCGUAAAUCAGAAGGGGUUUUGGUCUGAUAAAGAUGAAGACAUUCUGAGGGCCAUACGAGAUGGAUUUCUACAAACCCAUCUCUCUAUGUGGGGGCAAUUAGAGAGUUGGCCGAAGACGGUAUAUGGGCUGCCUAGUACGUCUGGCACAACAGCAAGUGUAGCUUUUAUUAGGAAGGGAAAGAUAUAUAUAGGUCAUGUUGGUGAUUCUUCCAUUGUGUUGGGUUAUCAAGAAGAAGGUGAAACUGUGUGGAAGGGGCGACCUCUGACUAGGGACCAUAAACCAGAGAGUGCAGAUGAGACAGCAAGGAUUGUGCAGUCUGGUGGUAAAGUGGUAAGCAAAUCAGGAGUACCCAGAGUUGUUUGGAAUCGGCCACGUCUUGGUCACAGAGGCCCUGUACGAAGAUCUACACACAUAGAUGAGAUUCCUUUCCUAGCUGUUGCCCGGUCUCUUGGUGACCUGUGGAGUUACAAUUCAGAAUUAGAUCAGUUUGUGGUGUCACCAGAACCAGAUGUUGGGGUCAUUACAGUGGAAGUUGGAUGUCAUCGCUGCCUUGUCUUUGGAACAGAUGGACUAUGGAAUAUGCUUAGUCCCAAUGCAGCAGUGGCUGCUGUGCAGGAAGCGGAACAGCACAAUGAGAAACACGUUCUGCAGCAGCACAACUCAGCACAUCAGCCGCAGGUAUGGAUCAAUCCAUCUAAAAACCUGGUGGAUCGUGCCCUUGAUCGUUGGUCUGCAACACGGCUGCGAGCAGACAACACUAGUGUGGUAACAUUAAUGCUUGACCCACCAGGUCCCCCUCGGGCUCAGGUUCUGUUAAGCCAAAAGCAGCAGCAAUUGGAGCAGCUAGCAGACAUGCCUCUUCCUCAGUGGGAACCACACACACCCAUCGCCUCUCCCUGUCAGCCCAAUAAGAAGGUUGAACCAAACAUCAGUGCAUUGCAGAGUGGAUCGUCAUGUUCCAAGGAUAUACAGAACUAUGAUCCCACCGGAGGAGUAGCCAUCUUCACCCGUUAUCCUGUUGCCACAUUUGCAGGUGAAAGUCCAGACAGUAGCACUGGGCGAGUUUGCAAAGUUGGGAGCAUGUUGCACCAGGAGGCGAAGACCCACCAUUCCUCUGCAUCAGUGCAGAUCAAUGAGGUAUCCUCGAGCAACUCGGAUGACACACCAUCGAAACCCGCAUCUUUGGUUAGGCAGCGUGCUUUCAAUUAUGGGAGUGAGAACACCAAGUGCAGUGUGGGUGGGAAACGCCGGCAUAGCUCCAUAGCGAAACUCUUGGAUCAUGGAGCUGAUGGAGAUAUUGCUUCUGGUUAUGAACCGUGCCCUAAACGUCGCACCAGGUCAGAAGACAAGCGCCUUUCUGCCCCUCCCACAGAAUAUGAUCUGAACACAAGUGACGUCGAAAAUGAGAGGGUUGCCUGGCCUACACAGUGGCAUGAGGAACGCAAGGUAAGGCUCAAUUUGGAAAAGAAAGUGCUGCUACAGCCAUCGGCAGGUGUUGCGAAGCUGAGGCUGCCUGCCUUCCUCCUGCCCCGGUCCAGGAGCACAACGCGCAUGUUACGCUCUGAUACGGCUGCAGCGCUGCCCAUUCGCACCUUACGGUCCCGCAACAUCAAUAUUGAACAGUCUAAUGUUAAGUCCUUGAAGAAGGCAUCACAUACAAGUCCCCUUCCAGCAAGGCUGGGCGCUGAUACAAGUUCCUCCGGCAGCCGCCAUAGACAGACAUGCUGGGGAAAUAUUGUGAAAUCCAAGGUGAAUACACGUAGUCGCAAGUGAAAAUGAAUAUUUGUAGACAGGCAACUGAAGUGAAAUUCCGGUGAUCACUUACAUUUAACAUUUAACCUUCACAAGCCAUGCAUUGCAUUAUUUGAGUGCCACAUGUGCGGUCUAGCGGACAAGCUUUGCAUUUGCUUCUGCUUAUACAGUUUCCUCCAGUUUAAAAUAUGUCUACCAACCUAGCAGUAUGGAUGGAUUUAAAAUCAUUACUCCCAGACAAUAACAUUAAAUACUGGAUUUUAAAUAGCCUAGUAGCACUAUUUUUUGGGGGGUGGGGUAAAUGUAAAUUAUAAUUUAAAAUGUAGGGAGAAUAAAUAUUUUGGUAAGCAGUAUGUCAACUAGUAAAUGUGAAACAUAAAUUGUAAAUAUGUCAUGUUGACUAUGGGGUCAUAACAUAAAUAUGCCAUAUAUGCAUGUUGAUGUUAUUGCUUCAGAAAUUCCCACCUCUGCAUGGGGUUGUCAUUUGAAGUGCCCAGAAUUGAAGACUACUAUCUUCUGGGAUGUGACACCAUGUAGUCUCGUACAAGUUUACUGAUGUUUCAAACGAAAGUACUGCCCCCAUAUGCAGGAAAGCAGCAAGCAGAGUGCACUGUAAUCCUGAAGAUGGAAGCAUUGUGUUCCUUGAAAACGUCAGUGAACCUCUACCAGAUUACAUCACAUCCCACAACAUAGAACUAUUCAGUCACUGCUGUGAGAACAUCAAGUGUCAUGUAUGCAGAAUGUAAUUCUCAAGGUGGCAGAUUCAUAAUUAGACCCGUACAGCUUAUGUUCCUGUAUCUUAAAGAUUGAUACAGGCAUAAACUGUAGCAAUGUGUUGCCUCUAUCCCUUCGGUUGUGCCUUGCGAUGUGGUUGAACCCUUUUACUUACUUCAUUAUAUCCAACCAUUUUAACAGAACGUAAAUGUAUUGCAGAGGUAUCAUUUUAUACUCUUGUUUGCGUUACAGUUUCCUUUAGCUAGAUCUCCUUUGAUUAGGAUAAUUUUUAUAGUAGACAGGCUGUAGUUUUGUGUUGUUUGUGCAUUUUAUGGGAUGAACUCUGAGAGCAUAUGGUAUGAAGUUACCAUAGAAAUAUUUUUAACAUUUGUGUGUUUGCACAUUUUGUGUGUGUGUGUGUGUGUAUAAUGUGGUUUCUACACUAAAGUACAGCAGAAUCGGGAGUCAUGGAGUUUUCAGGCAAAUAGUUCUCUAAUGCUGUUAAAGUUUUCAUUUGCAUCCUGAAUGUCCCAGUAGACCCUGAUGUUACACCACAGGCACUGCCAGAAAAUUUGCUUACAGAUUUACAUUUCACAUUUAAUACUACAAACAGUAUAAAUAUUUAUACUGUUUGCCUUAAGGAAGAUAAAGAAACAGAUUGCUUUCAAUUUUUGGUAUUUGGCCUACUUCCUCCUCUUAGUUUCGCUUCUUUUCCAAAUAUUGCGAUGGGGUGGCCCUGUGCUCCAUGCCAUGACCACUGUGAGCAUCAUUUUACACAAAACAAGGGAUUCUUUGAAGUGGUUCUGUGUCGUUUAGUGAAUUGUAUGAGUUGCUGAUGUCUAGAGACCAGAGUACUCUUUAGUAAUUCGUAGAUGGGGGAUAUUGGUAAGAGUUAUGACUGCUUUUCUUGCAGCAGGCUACCUGAAAUGGGGAAGGAUGUGGCCAGGUUAAUUUGGAGGUCUAACUACCAGUGCACUUUGAGACCUAGGACUCCAUUUCAUGCAGCCAAGUGACUGUCUGAGCACUCCAUUCAGCAGACUGUGGAAUUUAAUUUGAAAUGUGAGACUUCUAAAUGGUUAGCUGUCACACAGUCACAGUGCAAGGGUUGUACUUAACAUACACCCUGUUAAUUCUAGAUACCAGUAUUCUGAAGGAAACUGUUGCCUCUGCCUUGAAGAUGGAGGUAACAGGUUCCUCUGAAAUCUUAGUACAUAUACAUUUAAUCACAGAAUACUGAACUUGACUAACUACACUUCAGGAAAAAAAUACUUGGAGUCAGACUUCUCUCACAAGCUGCUAGUGUCUUCAGUAUACUUCAGGUUGCCAAUUGUUACGAGCUUAUGUUAGUAAAAGUUGGAAUAUUUUUAAAGCUUUCUUUUCUAGCAAUUUUGUUCCCCCUAUCAGGUCUAGAAAACAGAGAUUAACGACCACGCGACACCCUCUAUCCGCUAAAGUUGGCACUAACUUCGCCGACAAGCGGCGGUCGCUCGGUUGGUAUAGUUUGUUUGCUGACUGCACGCCACGGAGUUUUGUUUGUGCCUAACCACAGGGCUGAAUACCAUUGCUUCAUUUCAUUCUUAUGGACUUGAGGGUUCUGCUGUAUGUAUGCAAUGAAAUCUUGGGAAUUCACUCAUUUGAAGAUGGAAUUAGUGUCUGAUAUUUUAGACACUGUCUCUGGCCCCAGCAUCGGGGAUUUAGGUGAUGAGUGUCAUGCACUCCAUUCUGUAUAUGCCCAGGGGAGUGCCAGUGACUGCCAGACUUUGCCCACUGUUCCCUCAGUGGUGUGUGUGCAUAUGAUACCCAUCACAUCAACCCCUGAUGAUGGGGACAGAACUCGCAUUUUCACAUUGCUGCUCACCUGAGAAAAGAUCACCGUGAAAGCUUCAUAUCAUGUAUGUACCUGUCACUUGAGGAAAUCACAGAGUAUGAGAGUUAUGGUAAUGAUAAUACGCUUAAUAAAGUGGUUUGAGUGUGUCGUGUUUGAUCACUGAAGUGUUUGUACCAAAGGUUAAUAUUAUUAUUACUAUAUUUUAGACAUAUCAAUAGUGUAUUUUUAAAGUGUGUAACAUAUUUUUGUAAACUUCAUAAAUUAAUGUGCACUAUGCAGAAAUGAAGUAACAGGGUCCAGAUGUGAAGGGCCACGUAGUGGUUUUCCGCUGGGAAAUAUAACUGUUGCAUGACUGUUCACUUGUGAAGAGGAAGUGGGGAUCUUGCAGCGGCUUAAUACCCCACUGUGAUAGAUGGAACUUUAUUUUAUUCUACAGAGCAAGUUGUAAAGUUUUAACUCCUGCCUGUUUUGUAUAUGAGAGAGGUCUGGAAAUUGGUGCACUAUUUCUGCCCUAGUAGGGACUAUUUUAGUGGAAUGGUAUAAAAGCUCCCUUUCUGUCUAAUCAGCCAAGUUUGCCAAACAGGAUGAUCAGAUCAAGCGGCAUGCAUGAGGGAAGACAUGCUUACAGAAUUUUGGUAGGAAAGCCUGAAGGAAAGAGGCUACGUGAGGAUGUAGGUUUAGAUGGAAGAGUAAUAUUGAAAUGGAUUUUAUAGAAAUAUGAUGUAGGGCCUGGACUGGAUUCAUGUUGCUCAGGAUAGGGACUGGUGGCAGGCACCUGUGAACAUGGUAACAUAAAAUUCUGGGAGUUUUGAGCAAGUAUUCAUUUGUUAGGAAGGGUUCUGCUACAUUUUGUUACCAGCUGAGUUAGAGAUGAAGUAUCCCAAUUUAGAGAGUUAGGUUGUGAUAAUGUGCUGCCUUGUCAAGAUGUCACUCAUCUCAAGCAGUGGUUGAAUGAUGACUAAAUCACCUUCAGAGGCACACGCAGUCAUGUUGAACUAUCCUGCACAACAAAAUUGGUCUAAACCCAUCACCUAGAUAGUUUGUGCUAAUGCACUGGCUUCCAAUAGGAGCAGUUCAAUGCAGGCCCUGUAUAGGGCAC